AUGGACGAUCUCUUCACUCAUCUUGCAGCGUUGACCUCAUAUCUCAGUCGCAAGUUCAUCCACUUCAUUGGUGAGAAACACCCCACCCUCCCCUUGUUAGGUUAGGUCAACCAUUCCUCCUGAUGGUGUACAUAUCUCAUCACCCUCCUUUUCCCGCAGAGGAUCUCGCGCUCAGAGAUUUCACGAGGACGAGAAGAUUUCCCCCGCCUGCCAUCUCGUCAGAGCCCGGUUCAUCUUCUGGCUCUAUGGUUUCGGAAAAUAAUAAAGGGUUUUGCGGCGAUUUAUUUCUUGUUCCAAGGUAUCCAUGAUAAAAAAUACAAUAGUUUUUUCCACAUUUUUCCCGUAAUUCUUGGAUAUUACGGCGCGACAUAAUCUGGAGCUCUGCUGCAUUUUUCCACAAGCAGGUCAACGCUUCCACCGUGCAGCUUCAGACAUAUUUGUAGGCUGACACGUGGCUGCCUCAGAUGCUUGUUCCUCCACGCUGCUCGCGCACAAAGUCAACUUCUAGGGUGAGAUCUCAGGCUGGGAGACGACUCUGACUGAGAGAUUAGAUGUCUUUAAUCCUCUGUUUUUCAUUUUUUUUCCCAGAUUUGUGUCCCGGGUGAGGAGAACUCUGCGGGGAUCUUCCGAGGACAUCGGAUGGCUGGAGAGAGCCGAGGGAUUGCCACCUGUCGAGGACGGCACGGCCAGCUUCCUCGCCCUGCUCGAUGGCAUAAGGUCUACCUCAGCCAACUCGCUGAUCCGCGCUGACUUUUUUAAGGAAGAUCUCUUGUUCUUGCGGGUUGGUUGAUCCUCUCUUCUCCCGCGGUUUCUGUCUAUGCUCCAGGAGGGGAGAGCAUUCUCUGCCCAGCUGCUUCGUCUACCUGCUGGUCCCUGGUGGGUUGCUUACUCCCUGUCUCUGCCGAGCUCUAGGGCUUAUCAUGCAUGAUCCCAUUCGCGCCGCCAUGUUUUGCAGGGCUUUUCAGCAAUCACAGCCCGUUGUACUUCGUGAACACGAAGAGGUUCUUCUCCAAGAUGGGCCUCGCCUGUCACAUUGCCAGAAUCCACAGCGAGGUAACAGCAACGGAGUCAUCGUCGUCAUCGUCAUCAUCUUCUUCCUCUGCGCAGUCUGUGGAGAAGAAGAGGUUCAUGCUUCCGUCGUCUUCUUCCUCUGCACAGGCGUCUGUGGAGAAGAACGCGUGGGAGCUGAAGAAUUACAUCGAGGAGCUCUACUGGGGUUCUGGCAAGCGGGUGAUGAUACUCGGCCACAGCAAGGGAGGGGUGGACGCAGCCGCCGCCAUCUCCGUCUACUGGUGCGACCUCCAGCCGAUGGUCGCCGGACUGGCGGUGGUGCAGUGCCCCUACGGCGGCAGCCCCAUCGCCUCCGACAUCCUCCGCCGCGGCCAGGUGGCCGACGGCGAGGCCAGGAAGAUGAUGGAGUUCCUCGUCUGCAAGCUGAUCAAGGUCCCGCAAGAAUCAUCUGAAUCUAAAUCUGAAUCUAAUAUGCGAUUUGAUUUGAUUUGGUCUGUUCUGCAGGGAGAUAUCAGGGCGCUGGAGGAUCUGACCUACGAGAGGCGGAGGGAGUUCCUGGCGAGGCACGAGCUCCCGUGGGAGCAGAUCCCGCUGGUCUCCUUCCACACGGAGGCGAGUGCGGCUCCAGGAGUGCUCGCCACCAUGUCCCACAUAGCCCACGCGGAGCUCCCAUGGCUGCCGAGUUUCGUCUCCGGCGCCAGCGUCGGCAGCCAUAGGGUUCCAGUGGUCGUCCCCCUCGCGGCGGCGAUGGCGGCGAGCGCGAUCCACCUGCGGCUGCGGUACGGCGAGAGGAGCGACGGACUGGUGGCGCGGCGGGACGCGGAGGUCCCGGGAUCCACCGCCGUCCGGCCGACCAGGAAGCUCGACCACGCCUGGAUGGUCUACUCCUCCAGCCGCCGCCGCCGCCGCCGCUGCCGCCGCCGGAGUUUCGCCGGCGAGGAGGUGGCGGAGGAGGAGGCCGACGCCUCUGAGAUGUGUGAGGCACUCCUCACACUGCUCGUCCAGAUCGGGAGGAAGAAGACAACCUCUCGCCGACGGCCCUUUAAUCAGUUACCCAUUUAUUAG